AUGUUCCUUAUUCUGAACUAUUGUCAUAAAUAUAACACACAAAAUAAUCUAAAAAGAAAACUAUCAGCACACAAUCAGGGUACAAUAGGCGGUGUUGUGAUGUUGAGUGAGCCAUCCCUUCCAGGCAACCUUAGGGUAUCCAUGGGCAAUAGAACUCAACGAUUUCUAUUCGACUCGAUCUUCGGCUUAGAAGUACCUCUUCUUGAGGAACAAAGCGUGGAAGAAGAUGAAGAGGAACCAGAGAUCAAAAACUGUUCCUGCGAGUGUGGCAGAGCAAAUCCUCUUCCUAGAAAGAUUGAUUGUGGGGGGCCGAACCAGGAGAACCGUAUAGUGGGCGGCAUACCAGCGGGCCUCAACCGGUACCCAUGGAUGGCGAGGUUGGUCUACAACGGGCAGUUCCACUGUGGCGCGUCGCUCUUGACCAAGGAUUAUGUUGUCACUGCAGCACAUUGCGUUAGAAAAUUAAAACGCUCGAAAAUCAGAGUGAUUCUCGGCGAUCACGAUCAAACUAUAACAACAGAAAGUGCGGCCAUCAUGAGAGCGGUCAGUGCCAUCGUCAGGCAUAGAAGUUUCGACCCCGACUCCUACAACAACGAUAUAGCAUUGCUAAAACUAAGGAAACCUGUGACUUUCUCGAAGAUAAUCAAACCAGUAUGUUUACCGCCAUCUGGCAUAGAGCCAUCAGGUAAACAAGGCAUAGUGGUUGGUUGGGGGCGCACAUCAGAAGGCGGUCAGCUGCCCGCCGUAGUGCAGGAGGUGCGUGUCCCAAUCCUCUCGCUCAAACAAUGCCGCAGCACUAAGUAUCGGGCUUCAAGGAUUACAAAUAACAUGCUUUGCGCGGGUCGGCCGUCAACGGACUCUUGUCAAGGGGAUAGCGGUGGACCCCUGCUCUUAGAGCAAGGGGAUAAGUAUCAAUUAGUAGGCAUAGUGUCAUGGGGCGUGGGUUGCGGGCGGCCGGGCUAUCCCGGCGUCUACACGCGCAUUAAUAAUUACUUAGGCUGGUUGAGAAGCAACUUACAAAAUACUUGUCUCUGUGGCAAU